AGUAUAAAUAUACACGUACUAUGUAACCGUUGGCCAACGUCCUUUACUCAUACGUCUCUCUCUCUCUCUCUCUCUCUCUCUCUAUCUCAGCAGAUCUUUUUUUCUUUCAUUCUUUCUCGUGAAAUGGACCUCGCCGGAGAAACAAACAGCCACAUCUCCACCGUCGCUUCUUCUUCCUCUUCCUCCGUAUCAUCAAUCGACACGAGCCUCGAUUGCGAUUCGCCACGUGGCGGAGAUGUAGACCACGAAUUGCUCCACCACCACCACCACACCGCGGCGGCGGUUUCUUCGUCGUCGGUUUCGGUUUCUUCGUCUUCUUCCGCUUCAAUCCAAAGAGUUCUCAGUUUAAUCCGAUCCGAGGAUUCAGAUUCGAGGCUGUUUGCAGCUAGAGAGAUCCGUCGGCUAACAAAGACGUCUCACAGGUGCCGCCGACACUUUUCCCAAGCCGUGGAACCUCUCGUUUCGAUGCUCCGAUUUAAUUCGCCUGAAUCUCACCACGAGGCUGCUCUACUUGCUCUCCUUAACCUCGCCGUCAAAGACGAGAAGAAUAAAGUCAGUAUAAUUGAAGCUGGUGCUUUAGAGCCAAUCAUCAACUUCUUACAAUCAAAUAGUCCAACACUUCAAGAGUAUGCUUCUGCAUCUUUGCUCACUCUCUCCGCGUCAGCAAACAACAAACCCAUCAUUGGAGCUUAUGGUGUGAUUCCUUUAUUAGUCAAUGUGAUUAAACAUGGAAGCCCACAAGCUAAAGCUGAUGCGGUAAUGGCCCUUUCCAACCUCUCUACACUCUCCGAUAACCUAAGCAUGAUCCUAUCCACUAAACCACUCUCACCGAUACUGAAUCUUCUCAAAUCAAGUAAAAAGUCAUCGAAAACAUCUGAGAAAUGUUGUUCUCUGAUAGAAUCCUUGAUGGUUUCUGGCGAGGAGCCGAGAUCAGGGUUAAUUUCUAACGAAGGUGGAGUUUUAGCGGUCGUGGAAGUUCUUGAAAACGGGUCAUUACAAGCACGGGAACACGCGGUUGGCGUGCUAUUAACGCUGUGCCAAAGCGAUAGGAGUAAAUACAGAGAGCCAAUUCUUAAAGAAGGUGUGAUACCGGGACUGCUUGAGCUCACGGUUCAAGGGACAUCGAAAUCUCGGACUAAAGCUCAAAGACUUCUGUGUCUGCUUAGGGACUCGGAAAGCCCUAGAUCAGAGGUUCAACCUGAUACAAUAGAAAACAUAGUGUCAAGCUUAAUCUCUCACAUAGACGGAGAUGAUCAAUCCGGUAAAGCGAAGAAGAUGCUAGCGGAAAUGGUGCAAGUUAGCAUGGAAAAAAGCUUGAGACAUCUACAAGAACGUGCUUCUACUCUUGUCCGUCCUUAAACCUGUGAUCCCCAAAAACGCAGUCCCGAGGUUUCUUUCCAAGUAUUUACUGUGGUUUGACCGGAUAAGGGUGGUGAAGGUUGAUAUAUGCCAGUCCAGUUGCCGGCGUUUUGGUUCUUAGUGACUGGUUUUUUUUCUUUUUUUUUUUACUCAAAAGUGUUCAUAAUAAAAAGCUUUCUGCAAUUUUAAAGUCUUUUUGUGUGUACAUUACUACUAUAUAUACAAACGCUUUUACUUUUAAAAAGUUUCAUUGA